AUGUUGUGUUGUCUUCUGUCGAGUGCAUUAUCCCACAGACCCAGAUACGUCAACAUUGAUGACUCUUCGACAUACAGCUACCUGAUAUCCAAAUACCACCUGUCCAAAAACUGCAUACGGACGAGGCGGUGGGGUAUGGAAGUGUUCGGUACCUACAAUCUCAACACCACAUAUAGAGCAGAUCCACCAUGGCUCCAACAGUACAUCUACCGUGGUUCCUUUUUGGUGGGAUUAUGCUCAUAUUAUGCACAGUCAUCCUCCUAG